UCCCAGAACCCAGACCCUCCAUCACUCCUCUGGUCCCUAAACCCAGAACCCAGACCCUCCAUCAGUCCUCUGGUCCCAGAACCCAGACCCUCCAUCAGUCCUCUGGUCCCUAAACCCAGAACCCAGACCCUCCAUCAGUCCUCUGAACCCAGACCCUCCAUCAAUCUUCUGGUCCCAGAACCCAGACCCUCCAUCAGUCCUCUGGUCCCUAAACCAGAACCCAGACCCUCCAUCAAUCCUCUGGUCCCUAAACCAGAACCCAGACCCUCCAUCAGCCCUCUGGUCCCUAAACCAGAACCCAGACCCUCCAUCAGUCCUCUGGUCCCUAUACCAGAACCCAGACCCUCCAUCAGUCCUCUGGUCCCAGAACCCAGACCCUCCAUCAAUCCUCUGGUCCCUAAACCAGAACCCAGACCCUCCAUCAGUCCUCUGGUCCCAGAACCCAGACCCUCCAUCAGUCCUCUGGUCCCUAAACCAGAACCCAGACCCUCCAUCAGUCCUCUGGUCCCUAAACCAGAACCCAGACCCUCCAUCAGUCCUCUGGUCCCAGAACCCAGACCCUUCAUCAAUCCUCUGGUCCCUAAACCAGAACCCAGGCCCUCCAUUAGUCCUCUGGUCCCUAAACUAGAACCCAGACCCUCUGUUGCUCUAACCCCCCCAGCUCAGGUUGAGACCACACACACAUAUAUAAUGUCAGUUCUGCCUUAA